AUGUGGUCCAAACCAUUGACCAAGCCUAGCACCCUGACCCUAAACACUCCGCGCACCCUCCAAGCACACCGCCAGCGCCGGCUGGAGACGAACUACUUCACAACUCACCCACAGCACAGCCAACCCGCCAGGCCGACCCUUGCCGGCGAUUCUCCGGCCCCUCGAAGCGCCCACACCGCGCGCCCGCAGCUCGCCACGCCCCGCCCAGCGCCACCGCGUCCCCCGCGUCUCCCGGCGCCCGCAAGCGGCGCGUUUGAGGAUGGGCUCCAGCGCCGGCUGGUCGAGAUGUAUCUCGAGGAGGAGGGCCUCAGCGUGCCGACGCCCGACCACUGGACACGCAGCCACACCGAACUCGGCUGGCUCAGGACCGGCGCUCGCAAGCACAUCCUCCGUCGCGCUCCGCAAUCACAUCCUCCGGCCAGCCUCACCCAGCGUCUCGUCGACCAGCUGCUCGCCGAGUGGGUCGAACAGCAUGUGUCCCACAAGAAGCCGCUGGCUUACAUCCUUGGCGACGUCCCAUUCGGCGACCUCACCUUCACCAUCCGGCCGCCCGUUCUGAUCCCGCGGCCGGAGACGGAGCAAUGGGUCACCGAGCUCUCGCGCACGAUGAGUACGUACUUCCAAGCAGCACGAGCGGCGCGCGCCUCGGUGGCCGACAAGCCGGGCCGGCCGUGUGCGUUCAAGGUGCUGGACAUCGGCACCGGCAGCGGCUGCAUCUCGAACUACCUGGCCUACCACCAUCCGGAAGUGCAUGUGGUGGGGGUGGAUGUGGACCAGGCGGCGGUAGGACUGGCGCGGGAGAACGGGGCGCAGCACCGGACGCUCCACAGCCAGCCGACGGGCCCGGCCCAGCGGGGGAGGGGCCGCGCCUCGUUCUUCAACCUCGACCUCUUCUCCCCCACCUUCGUCGCCAACCUCAAGCAGGCCUCCCAGAGCCUGGCCGGCUUCGACAUGCUCCUCUCCAACCCGCCCUACAUCCCCCUCGCCCACUACCACGCCCUGCCCCGCUCCGUCACCGGCUGGGAGAGCAGACUCGCGCUCGUCGGCCAGCGCAGCCAUCCCGGCCUCGCCGCCGCCCCCGACCGCCUCCUGUCGAGGAGGAACACGCCCAGCGGCGACUACGGCUUCUUCACCAGCUACCGCUCCGCCCUCAGCCUGCCCGAGCCCCACCCGGUGGGACCCGACGCCAGCCCGCCGAUAAGCCCCUCGAGCGACCCCCACGACGGACUCGACUUCUACCGCCACAUCCUCCUCCUCGUCGCCUCUGCUGGCCUCCUCAAACCCGACCAUGCCUCCUUCCACCACCGCGCAGGUCCACCAGCCGGGACGCCCCGCCUGCCCAAGCUCGUCUUCGAAGUCGGCCACGGCCAGGCCGCGCCCCUCAAAGCCCUCCUCCUCCACGCCUUGCCCGCCGAGCUCUCGCACGUCCGCGUCCUCAAAGACUUCGCAGGCGUCGAGCGCACCCUGUUGUGCUACUAA